AUGGACACCCCUGUGUUGCGCUUGCCUUCAAGGGACACGAGAAAGUGCCUUUUCCAGAGUCCAGAACAAGAGUAUGAAUUACGACACAGUGCUACACCUCUGGGUAUUGUGCAGAAGCGCAACAGACAAAUUAGCUGGUCUCCAAAGAAAAGGACACCAAUUAAGAGUCCACCAAAAAAGAAGAGUAGGAAGGGGGCUUGGUCCAAUGCAGAACUAUGUUCUCUAGUGGAAUUUGUUGCUUUGCAUAAAGACAUACAGUCCAUGCAGUCUUCAGAUAGUGAAUGGCCUGCCAUGAAUGCGGACAACAAUUACUGGACAGAAGCCAGUGACUUUAUAAAGAUGUCUUGUGGAACAUUACGUGGUAGUGUUGCUUGCAGAGCCAAAGUUGUCAACUUCCUUCGAAAGGCUUUUCCAACAAUAGCUGAUGCAGAGGAAGAAUUUGCCAUUAAUUAUGAAAACAAAUGCCACGACGACUCAGGAAUUCAAGAUAUACCUCCAACACCCGCCUCUGCUUUCAGCCUUGAGAAAUUUCAGCACUGUUAUUUGUCCAAAUUUACAGAGGAUGAGGUAAUAUCUUUGUGGAAAAAACUUGGCAGAGAUGUCCCAGCCCAUGUUCAUCUUCAGUCUGCACAAGAGAACAUUCCUGAUGAUGAACUUGUGAAGAUCACCAGUACUGCCUCAUUUAAGUGUCUUGAAGAGUUAAUUUCAAGAAGUUUUUCCAGAUUGACAUUGGCCAGACAGAAAAAUUGUCUUGAUAAACUGUUCAUUACUGCAGCAAAGUGUGAAAGAGUAACUCAUGUUGAAACUUUCCCAAGCUUAGCCAUGGAAGCAAUGAAGAUGCUGAAGGAAAAGGGGAAAUCAAAUGUGUUGAGGGAUUUUGCCAGGUGUUUAGGCCUUAAAAGACCAGAAUCAAAUGAGCCACUUAUGCCAGUUGACAGAAUGCCAUUUGGAUUGAUCCAGCACCAGAUCCAGUUUUUUUGUGCUAGUGACGUAAGACAGAUUUCAAUACCUGAAGAUUAUUACCAGUGGCUAGAAACAUUGGAUGCAGAGUUUGAUGACAGGCUAGGCCGAGUAUUGAGGGGACCUAUGUGGAGUGGCCAGUCCUCGGAUUGUGUUGGUGACCCAUUAAAGGCUAGAGUCAACUUAGCAGCUGUCAGCAAAUCAACAAUAAACCGACGAACAGCUUCCUCCGACUUUACUGACACCCCUUCAAUACAGACUCCAGCUAUCAAUGUACUGAAGGAAACCAAUCCUGCAGGUCGUUAUUGGAUCAAGCUUGAUGGUACCGAUGUCAAGGAGGGGCUGCAACACUCUAUGAAAGAGAAAUGGGACGGUGAUGUUGACAUGCUAGAUGGACAACUCAGCAAGUUGCAAGAGGAAUAUAGAUUGAGAUUAAAGUCCGUCACCCUCUCAGACAAUACUGACUGUGCGAAUCUUCAGGAGGAGAUAGUGUGUGAUCUCAAUUGUGACAAGACUUUCCUGGAGAAAUUGUUCAAGGUGGCAAGCAAAAACCUAAGGAGUAAAAUUUCACAAAAAAUGCCAGCACUGAAACUCUGA